UUCAUUUUUCACCAAAUUAGAAUCAACGAAACUAUUCAUCCUCUAACCUCUGUAAAUUAGAAUCAACGAAACUCUUUGUUGCUAAUGGCGGCUGUUUCAACUCACUUCAACAGCUCUCUAAAUAAACCCUUCCUUUCUCUCUAUUUCUCUAUUCCCCAUUUGGGUUUCUCCCAAGUUGUUCAAUUUCCAACUUUGAAACCAAAAUUUCCCCUUUCAAAGCCCAAAACAGUUGUAAUUUCUGCCACCAAAGCUGAUGGAACAUAUGCAAAUGAAGACGACUCUCUCACAACUUUCGACUCUUCCAUCAGACAAAAGACUAGGCGCCAUACGAUUCAAGUGUUUGUUGGGGAUGAAAGUGGAAUGAUCAAUCGUAUUGCGGGAGUCUUUGCUCGAAGAGGGUACAACAUUGAGUCUCUUGCUGUUGGUCUAAACAAGGACAAGGCUCUUUUUACUAUAGUUGUUUCUGGAACUGAAAGGGUGUUGCAGCAAGUUAUGGAACAGUUACAAAAGCUUGUAAAUGUGAUCAAGGUUGAAGAUCUAUCCAAGGAGCCACAAGUUGAACGUGAAUUAAUGCUUAUUAAAAUCAGCGCCGAUCCAAAAUACCGCGCAGAGGUUAUGUGGUUGGUGGACGUUUUCAGGGCAAAAAUUGUGGAUAUAUCUGAUCAUUCUCUGACUAUUGAGGUAACUGGAGAUCCAGGGAAGAUGGUGGCUGUUCAGAGGAACUUAAGUAAAUUUGGAAUUAGAGAAAUUGCUCGUACUGGGAAGAUUGCCUUGAGAAGGGAAAAAAUGGGGGAAUCUGCUCCUUUUUGGCGGUUUUCAGCAGCAUCAUACCCAGAUCUUGAAGGUGCAAUGUCUGCUGGUACUAUUUCGAGGACAACCAAGAGGACUCCUAAUGGAGAAUCUAUGUCUAUGGCUGAGGGAGAUGUCUAUCCUGUUGAGACAGAUGACAACUCUGGAGUCAGUCAAGUUCUUGAUGCUCACUGGGGUGUUCUCAAUGAUGAAGAUACAAGUGGGCUUCGCUCACAUACUUUGUCAAUGCUUGUGAAUGACACUCCUGGAGUUCUCAACAUAGUCACCGGAGUUUUUGCUCGACGAGGGUAUAACAUCCAAAGUUUAGCUGUUGGACAUGCUGAAGUUGAGGGGCUUUCUCGUAUUACAACGGUUGUUCCUGGCACAGAUGAGUCAGUUAGCAAGUUGGUGCAGCAACUGUAUAAGUUGGUUGAUAUUCAUGAGGUUCGGGAUAUUACUCACCACCCAUUUGCGGAAAGAGAACUAAUGUUGAUAAAGAUUGCUGCGAAUGCUGCAGCACGCCGCAAUGUUCUUGACAUUGCCAGCAUUUUCAGAGCAAAAGCUGUUGAUGUGUCUGACCACACUAUAACUCUUGAGCUUACAGGAGAUUUGCAUAAGAUGGUUGCUUUGCAGCGGCUACUAGAGCCUUGUGGUAUUUGUGAGGUAGCGCGAACAGGACGUCUGGCGCUGGUACGUGAAUCAGGUGUGGAUUCGAAGUACUUGCGAGGAUAUUCAUACCCUUUGUAGUCUAAAGUCCUCGAACCUAAGGAAAAUGCCUGCUCUUCGCGGAAUGUAUGUGAACAUGGACGGCUGAAUUACCCCCUUGGACUUUUUAGAAGUAGAAUAUAUACCCCCUUGAAAAGUCACACCAAAAUCUAUGUUAGGUGGUGAUUUGCACACGAAAUGUUACAUUUUUGCUCUUUUUUCUUUUUCCUUUUCUCCUUUCCUUUUUCUUUUUCAUUCCCUUUGCAGCAUAUGUUACUUCCGCCGUUGUCAUCCAAAUAACAGAAAGCCAGAUUAGCUUCUUCUUUGCUUAUCA